AUGCGUUUCUUGAUCCCCUGAUCCAUUGAUGUCACUUCUCUUUCCUUCUCAUUUUCCCGAAAAAUCUUCCUUACUUCCUUGAGGAAACACGAGAUUCCAUAUUCUCCUCCUAUUUUCUCUCUGCAAUUUUCUAGGUUAGGAACUUACUCAAAGUCUAUUUCUUGAUGCGUUGACUCGUGUUUCGAGUUAAUCACAAUUCAUAAAUUUUGUUUCAAGAUCAGAUUAGUAGAUUCAAAAUGAGUUGGAAUCCACAUGUUGAGGUUCAUUACUAUAACACCAGCUACCCUUAUAACAGUGCUGGAAGCUUUAUGGAAUACUUUGAAGGGCUUACAUACGAGCAUGUGAAUUUCAUUUUCGAUGGCGCCUCACAUGUUCAGGAAAGUGUUUACCCAUCAAUGAAUACAAGUCUUUACAAGUUUGGGUUAUCUGAAUCUGGGAGUACUUCAUAUUACGAUUAUGGUCAUCCUUAUGAGGUCAAUUAUCAUGAACCACAGAUUGAUGAUUAUAGAAGGCCAUCAGAGAACACAGUGAAUAAUGAACAAAAUGCAGCCGUAAAUACAGUGAGGGAAAGGAAUAGAAAUACUACUCCUCGUGAGAACCCUGUUGAAUGUCCGCGGAGACAUCAUAACACACACGAUUAUCAGGUUGUUUGGCAAGACAAUAUUGAUCCUGACAACAUGACUUAUGAGGAAUUACUUGAGUUAGGUGAGACUGUGGGGAGUCAAAAUCGGGGUCUUUCCCAAGAUCUUAUAGCGUUGCUUCCAAUCUCAAAAUACAAGUGUGGGUUAUUUUCUAGGAAGAAAUCAAGAAAUGAAAGGUGUGUAAUUUGCCAGAUGGAGUACAAACGAGGUGACAGGCGCAUCACUCUACCUUGCAAGCAUGCAUAUCAUGCCGGUUGUGGGGCCAGAUGGCUGAGCAUAAAUAAGGCUUGCCCUAUAUGUUACACUGAGGUGUUUGGUGAUUUGUCGAAACGUUAGGAAAUAAUCAGCGAUGAACAUAAAGAGGAUAACCUUGGUAUUGUUUUCUUUUAUUUUAACAUCCACGUAUCUUUCCUUCACACAGAGAUGCUUGUUCUGUUUUCCCACUAGAA